AUGGCAUACACUUCUUUUACUGAUCCGCUCCCUCAGUACAACGACACUCCAUGCCAGUAUGGAAUGUGCUUUGAGUGUGGGGAAGUACGAAGCAGUCCGUGCUGGUGCACGUCGUGCGAGGUUACUGCUUUUGAAAAAAAUUUCAUAAAUUGGACAAGCGGAAAUUCCAUUCUUGAUAAGAUUAUUAGAAUCACUCAGUCAAAUGCUACGGAGAGCAUGGCAUAUUUUGAGUGGAUUCCAUUUGACAAUUUUAUCCUUGUUGAACCUAUAAUGAGUGGCUCUUUUAGUACUAUACUUUCAGGCUAUUGGCUCGAUGGUCCAAGAUGGAUUUGGGAUAAUGACAGUGAAAAUUGGAAUAGGAAUGGACCAACUAAAUGUGCCCUAAAAAAGAUUGGCAAAUCUAGCGAAAUAAGUGAUGCUUAUUUAAAUAAUAUUUCAGAUUAUUAUAAGUGUAUACAAAGUGGAUCAGUAGCCGACUUUUUUGGGAUAACAUGUGACCAAGAAGGAUGCUAUAUGUUUGUUAUGAGAUUUUACGAAAAUGGAAACUUGUAUCAAUAUCUUGACGAUGCCAUGGGAUACCUUUGUUGGAGAGAUAUAGUUGAUAUGCUCUGGGGGAUAGCUAAUGGGCUUGAACGAAUUCAUGAACAUGGACUUUAUCAUGGUAAUCUUCAUGGCGGAAAUUUAUUGGUAGAAAAUGAACCCGAGUCAAUUGAUACAAGAAUUGCUGAUGUCGGAGAAUUAAGUGACAUUUUAGGGUGUUGGGUUACUGCUAUCUGUGAUGAUCCAGACCCAUCUCAAAUAUCUGAACAAUUUGAUGAAGCUGAAGAGAAAAAAUUUUUAGAAUUAGAGAACAAACAAUUUAAACGACCGGAGGUUCACCCUCUGGCAAUAUAUAACAGCCAGUUUAUUCGGUUUUCUGUUUCUUAG